GUACGAUGUACGUAGUAGACGGAGGUUUUUUUCAACUAACGUCGCAAUAUGACACAACAAGAUGAAAGAACUUCACUUUGUUCGUGGUUUUUAAACACUCGUCCCUGGUAGUAAGGUGGAGCAAGAGAAAAAGAUGAAACUGAUAGUAUGACUGGCCGGCGUGGUUUGCUUUUCUCUGAUGAAGGUUUUUCUUCACCCGAAAGCGUGGAGGAUUACUUGCAGGGGAACGAAAAGCAAAAGAAUCAGCAGCAUCAUGCCGGGGAGAGCAGUAGCUCUGCCGAAAAUCUUCAUGGAGGUACCAUCGGCGGACCGGAAGAGGAGGCCGAUGAGUUUCCGGAUUGGUCUUUGCAAGAGUCCUCGCCUACUUCUGAGGAAGAAGACGAUGAGGACCAUGAGCAGUCGCUCAGCGGCGCGUCCAGUGAAGUAGCUGUUGGUGCGGAGUUUCUGUCUCGAGAUAAGACCGAGGAUGGCUCUUCGUUGCGCGGAGAUGAAGGACGGCAUUUGGCUCCGACCCCUACAGCAGGUCCGCGCGUUGAGGAUGGACCGGACAGAUUGUACCAAGCAGAUGAGAGGCCGAAAACGACAAGGACAAAUCCAUAUUAUCAAAAUUCUUCAGACGUCGAAUUUUCUGAUUUUCGCUUUGCACCAGCAUCGGAACUUGAGCGGCAAACACAGAAUCUUGAUGUUUUGGGACUGGGUGGUACAAGUACAACAGUGUCGGAUAAGCAUGAUCCUGGUGACCAUGAGCUUGAGGCAAACACAGUGCCCUUGUUCAGAAUACCACCCUUACGCAGUAAGCAAAACCAAAAGUUGGGAGAACAGGGGUUGAGGUUCACCAGCGAGAACCUGUUGCAAAAGAGCGGGCCUCUCUCCUGUCAAGACGAGACGGAUGGUGCGACAGGCCCUCGGGAUACGGACGACGACAUUCCGCACAGGGACAGAGAUGAGGACGAGGACGAGGACGCUGUAAAUAAAGCCAGUUCUUGUCUUGUAGAACAAAGCCGAAAGGGCUUCUUGAAAGAUGAACACAACGAGGUUCAGGUUCUUGAAAGUAAUUUCUCUCGAAAUGGACAAGGACACGAAGACCCGGAAGUUGUGGAUUGGAGUCGAAACUCCAACUCCUCCCCCGCCCCUGGCGGAUCAUCCACAUCCCGACGCGCACUGCGAGAUCCCCCCGUGGUGAUGGUCGAGCGCGAGCCACCACGAAAGCAGCAGUUGCUCGAACACCAGCAGCGCUUCAACUUUAUGUUCGCAACCGAGGAAAGAACCGUCAGGGAUGAUCCGGCUAUCGGCGCAGAAGUUUUACUUUAUUCACCAGCCGAACAAGACGAAGACUUUGACUUGCUCGAAGAGGAGGAGGAGGAGGAAGACAGUCCGCGCUCGCCAGUAGGGAACACUCUGCAAGUCAAAGAAAAUCAGAACAAAUCAUCUGGUAUGUUCGCUGAAGAGAAUUACGGACUGCUACGCAAUCAGAUACUAGGAGCAGGCACCACCGGUGCGUCGGACGAGGGGGAAAAAAACAGGAACGCCAGCAACGGCGAGCUUCGGCUGAAAACCGUGUUGCAACAGGAGAAGCAGGAUGACAGAACCGACGAGGACGAGGACGAACACAUGCUGCAGGAGGAUGCUGAUACAGAGAUGAAACCUGCAGCAGUCGAAUUGCCCGACGAAGGGGAUGUGAGGUACGCGCACGCACCGAAACAGCGCACAGUAAAACUCGUGUCGUACAUUCCGGCGUCGCACGAGCUCGAGCAAGAGCAGACCUCGUUGCUUUAUGCAAGGCAAAUUUCCUGUACAUGUACAAAAUGCAUGACAAAUUUCGCUACCUUGCAGAGCCCAGCUUGUCAUGCUGCACGAGGAUUGAAGGCAAGUUUUGUAAAGCAGAAGCCACAUCAUUUCCAUUUGUACGUGUAGGUGUACGGGAAAUUUACUGUGGAUAUGCUUCAGCCGAUGCCUAUGAAGAGUGGGUUGCUCAACAACCCUCCGAUCAAGUCGGAUUUCCUGACGCUCCGCCGGGAUUACACACACCUAACCGAGAACCUCCGGAAUUUCGUGGACGGCAGUCUGCGCGUGUCCGCAAGAAUGCUGGAAAACGAAACUGCAAGUGAAGAAAAUCGACGUCGUGGUCUUCACACGUCAACACCCUCGGGAGCAGAGGCUGUGUCCUCCCGUCGUCCCCGAGUAAGACAUGAUGAGGGUAAGGUGGAGCACCGCAACCAACUAGACCACUCUCGGUCCUCUCGCGCAGCAGGAGACGCAAUUAUGAGCAGCAGUGUGGUCGACAGUGCACGAGAUCGACACAGAUUCAUCACAUCCAGCGCAACGGGUGCUCAUCGUAGGAAGGCUAAUGCCGCUAGUGCUUUCCGACACCCGCAAGCAAUUGCACGCAGUCGCCAGCACGCUGAGCUAGCUGCUAGCCAACGACAGAAUGCACGGGAUUUGUUUCUUACGCUGGUUGAAAGUAGCUCGGUCGAGGUGUCGGCGGAUGUCGAGGGUGAUUUGUUAAGUGGACGGGUUCCGUCAAUUCGUCAUGGUGGGACCAAUACGACUACAGUGCAGCCAGUGGAAGUAGAUGACACAUACGCCGCGUUUGCGUUGAGUCAAGCGGUGGAUCCUGCAGUUGCGCGCCUCGCGACGACCCUCGACGUGAACCCGCUUGCGCACCGGGGUAGACAGCAAAAGAAACCUUUACGCAUCUCCUCGAUGCCAGUACGGGAGGUUCGCGCAGGGCACAGUCUCCACACUGAGAUGCAGAUGGCACACGAAGCGCAGGCACUCGCGAACAUGCAACGGAUGCGCGAGCGUGAGCAGAUGCACGCAACGACGUCUCUUGAAGAAGCGACCGCCGAAUUUUACGCUGCAACUGAGCAACUGGCGGACCGUCAACGCGCUUCUGCAUUGCUGUUGCAGAAGCAAAUCGAAGAAGAAACAGACUUCGUUGCGAUAAUGACAAAUAAAACCCGGAGCCGGAAAGCAGCUAAGCCGCAUGAUGGAGAUGCAAGGAUUUUGUUUCCUCAUGAAAACGAUGAAGAUCACGAUGGCGUUGAAGAUAGCCGCGAAGCCUGGCGACACACGAAGUUGAAAAACAUGCCAGGUAGCCCCGAACUAAGUCCCCUGCAGGUGAUGUCACCAGCGGGAUCGCUGAGUAGCAGGUCGAGGUUGCAGGGGCAGGAUCCUCAUUUACUGCAGUCGUCGCCGCGGACGAGUAGGAUGCCUCCGAAACUACAAGGAACAGGGCCACUCGGCGCUCCUCGCGAUGCGGAAUUGCAGGACACUUUGCAGGAAGCCUUUGUUAUGGGACGAAAUGCGAGCCGCGAUCACGAACGAAACAGAAAUCAAAAGUCGACGAAUCCAUUUUUGGCUCAGGCUCUGGCCGAAAUUGCUUGGGAAGAAGAGCGCGGAAAAAAGAACAAGGCGCACCACAACUUGUUUAACUAG